AUGUGGAAAAGAACCAAGAACUCGGGUCCGUCGACCAUCAGACAAAGUUUCUCCCUCGUCCACCGAUACAUUCAACAUUUUAAUGAGGUGUCUGGCAACAAGUCAGCCACGAUCCGAAGAAGAUCGAAGAUCCCCGGUGUGAUGAUCACCCAGUUUGUCACAAACAUACCGGAGGGUAAAAGCACCCCGGACUUCCAGUGUAAACCAACACCAAUAAAUACACAGGAAGGACACUUGGCUGUCUUCAAAGCUGUGGUGAAAGGAGAUCCCAAACCAGAGGUGUCAUGGAAAAGAACCUUAGGAAGUUUAUCAAACAAAGACAAAUACAAGACUAAAUAUGAAGAAUCAACAGGGGAGCACAUACUAGAGAUUCACAAUGUGUCUGGAGCAGAUGCAGAUACAUAUAAAUGUUACGCUGUGAACGAAUAUGGGAAAGCUGUCUGCUCAGCGACAUUAAAUGUGACUGAUGCUUCAACAAAUCCAGCAGAUUUCAGAAAACUGCUGAGGAAAAGUAAAGUAGAUAAAGCAGAUGGCGAAAAUGAUGAAAGGUUCUGGGAAGCGAUGCUGAAUGCUGACGGCAGAGACUACGAGCACAUCUGUUCUGAGUUCGGUGUUACAGACUUACAUUUGGUGGUUAAAAAACUCGAGGAGAAGAAGAGGGAGAGGGCACAAAACAAGUCCAAGGAUGAUGUAAUUCCUUAUGACGACGAUGCUACACUGAAAUACAAUCUUCAGAAAAGUGGGAGAAAACAGGAUUUCGGUUCUGAGGGCCUGAUAAAUAACAUGGCAGGUCUGCGUCAGGGGAACGGUAUGGCGGUGAGCUUCAAGAACCGAGGACUGCAUCAAGUGGACGCUGAAGAGGACGAUCUACUCCUCGAGUUGAAACUGUCCAAUGUGGACUUUGUCAUCAAAAUUCAGGAGAUUAAAGCCAGAGAACGAGAGGACGCCCUCUUUGAGUGUGUCCUCACACACCCGCUGCCUAAAAUCACAUGGUUGGGCAAAGGCAUCGAACUGGAAGAUGGAGAAAAAUACAAAAUAACCGCAUCAGACCACAAACUGAUUCACAGGCUUCUGAUCAGGGACUGUGUUCAGUUGGAUACUGGUAUCUACUCAGCUGUGGCUGGUGGUACAUCCUGCAGUGCCUGGCUAGUGGUAGAAGGUAACAACUCACACAAUCUCGCCUCUGGCGGUAAGAAGAUAGCCCAUAAAACCACGCUCGCGGUUGGAGCCCUCGCUGAUAUUGAAAAAGUGGCCAGAGAGCAGCAAAUGAAAAAUCGAGAGGAGAUGGAAAAGAUUUUAGCGGCCGUAAAAGCAAAACAUGCUGGAGGACAAGUGAAAGGAGAAAUGGCAUUAACCACCGGUGGAGGAGAAAGUGAAAUAACCGAAGCCGCCGGACGGGGUAAAACCGCCAGAGCCGUUAAAGAUAAGCCUGACGCCCUGUGUCAGCCUGUGGGCACCGAGGGGAGGAGAAGAGAGGAAAAAGGAAAAGGAGAUGGCACGGGAGUGAAAUCGGACACUGCAGGGAGUGUGGAGACAUUAAGAGAACACGGUCCUAAGAACAGGAACCGCAAAAAACACAAUCGAUCGGAUUUAGACGCCAUAACAGAGUCUGAUGAUGAAGAUGAAGAUGAUGAUUAUGAAGAUGAGGACGAUGAAGACAAUGAUGAGCCUCAAAUUUCAACCAGGAGUGGACAUGAAGGCACUGAUCUGAAUAAAAAUAAAAACUUCACUAACUCCUCCAAACACCAAAAGAAGCCAAAGAAGGUACACUGGAAAGACGCAUCUGAUUCGAAUGACCAAGAGAGUGACAAUGAAGGAAAUGCGAGUGAAGAGAAUCAGGAUGCUCCAGGUCAGCUCAAAAAGAAAAGUCGCUCAAAGUCAGGAAAAGAGCUGAAGAAAUCAACGAAAGGUAAAAGUAAGGAUCCUGAUGAUCAGAAUGGAAAUGACGCUGAAGAUGCCAAAAAGUCUUCAUCACGUAAGAAAAAGAGUAAGAGAAAAGGCCCGCUGGUUGAAGAUGCUGUGAUUGAUCCGGGGGUUCACUUCAUCUCUGGCUUGUCUGAUGUGAAUGCCAUCAUCAGCGAGAGCGCCGAGUUAACGUGCAGGCUCAGCAGCGAGGACUGCGACGGCGUCUGGUUCAGAGACGGCAAACAGAUAGUUCCAGACGACAGUUUCUCUGUAAGUAAAGAUGGUUCGGUCCACACGCUCGUCAUACUCAGGUGUACAGAAGAGCACUCUGGAAAAUACCGUUUUGAGGCAGACGGUCGGAAAACAGAGGCGAUGGUCAACGUCAAAGAUCCGCCCAGGAUUAACCUCGAAGACCUCACAGCUUUCACCGAGCCUGUGACAGUCAAAACGGGGCACCACGCCAUCUUCAAAGCCAACUUCGUUGGCUUCAAGCCAAUAAAGAUCCAGUGGUACAGAGAAGGAGAGGAGCUGCUCGAUGACGCCAGCACGAAGAUCGAGAAGUCCUGCGGUCACACCCGCUUACUGCUGAGCCGGUGCCACAGGAAGGACACGGGAGAGAUCAAACUCAAGCUGAAGAACGAACACGGCUUCACCGAGGCCGUCUCUCAGCUCAAUGUGCUCGACAAGCCGACUUCACCCCAGGGUCCAGCCGAGGUGACUGAGAGUUCAGCUUCGUGUAUUGAGUUUAGGUGGAGGCCUCCAAAGGACGACGGCGGCUCGCCCGUCGUCAGCUACGCGGUGGAGCGACGGCAAGUGGGACGAAACACCUGGAAGAAACUGGGGGAGACGCCCGGCGCGGCCAGCUACCGAGACACGGACGUGGAGCACGGACGGAGAUACUGCUACCGCGUCCGGGCAGCGACUGCAGAGGGUGUGAGCGAAGUGAUGGAGACGGACGACAUGCAGGCUGGCACUCUGGCUUUUCCCGGCCCUCCUGCUCCCCCGAAGGUGAUCAGCGCUUUUGAUGACUGCAUAAACCUUGCAUGGACUACACCGAGCAACACAGGAGGCUCACGGAUCCUCGGCUACAUUUUGGAAAAACGGAAGAAGGGCAGUAAUCUGUGGACAGUGGUCAAUGCCUUGGACGAAGUUAUUAAAGAAAAAAAAUAUGCAGUGAAGGAUGUUGUGGCAGGUAUGGAGUAUGAAUUCAGAGUCACUGCCAUAAAUCUCUCAGGACCUGGAGAAUCCAGCAACCCCUCCGAGUUUGUUUUUGCUCGAGAUCCAAAGAAGCCUCCUGGUAAAGUUUUUGGCCUGAAAGUAGUGGAAACGUCCUACACACACAUGGUCCUGACGUGGACCAAACCUGAGGACAAACCCGGCAUACAGGAUGAAGCCAGAGGAUACUUUGUUGAGAUCCGGAAGGCUGAUUGUCUCGAAUGGUCUCGCUGCAACAGCACCCCCAUGAUCCUGACCUCCUUCAGCGCGAAGGGCCUGAAGUCCAUGGACAUGUACUGGGUGAGAGUGAUUGCCGUCAACGACGGAGGAGAGAGUGCUCCUGAGGAGCUGCCCAACUAUGUCCUGGCAAUGCCUUUACCUGUGAGGCCAAAGUUCACAAACAAAAGGAUGAAGAGUUUUAUGGUGGUGCGGGCAGGAAACAGUGUCAGGAUCACAGUAAACUUUGAGGCUUCCCCGCGGCCACACAUCACAUGGCUGAAGGACAACGCGCCGGUGACGAAGCGCGUCACAGUCAGUAACUCCGACGGCUCGUCCCAGAUGUUGAUUCCCUCUUCCGAGCGCUCCGACUCAGGCAUCUACUCCGUCCUGGUGAAGAACCUUGUGGGACAGGAAACAUUCAGUACGGAGGUCAGGGUCACAGAUGACCCAAAGCCUCCGGGGCCGGUGGAGCUGGAGGAAAACGUGCCCGAUACCGUGACGGUGAUCUGGGAACCUUCUCCUGACGAGAAGCGUGACGAUCGGCUCCACUACUUAGUGUCCAAACUGGACUCCACCAAACGCACAUGGACCACCGUGGCUGACAGACUCUUCAAUAACAAGUUCACCAUCUGCAACAUCGUGCAUGGGAGGGAGUACCACUUCCGGGUCUAUGCCAAAAACGACAUGGGUGUAUCUGCACCCUCAGAGUCGUCCACCUGGGGAGUGCAGAAGAAAAAAGAAAAGUUUGUAGUAAGUUUACCCAUCAGGAAGGACUGUGAUUUGCAGUGUGCGCCGACCUUCAUUGUCCCCCUGAAGCUUCACACGGCGCCCAAAGGUUACGAAUGUUAUAUGAGCUGCGCGGUGAAGGGGAACCCCGCACCUCGAAUCACGUGGUAUCGAAAUCACAUCAGCAUAAACACCAAUACCAACUAUUACAUCUCCAACACCUGCGGAGUCUGCUCCAUGUUAAUCCUCCGGGUGCGUCCCAAAGACAUGGGCGAGUACACCAUCACCGCCGAGAACAGUCUGGGACGAGCCGAAUGCACCACCGUCCUCAGUGUCAGAGAACUCCCGAAGAACGAGGCGGGCAUCCAUGUGCCAAGCACAGCCCGCGACGUGAACAAGCAUCACCACAGCGACACACACACGCCGGCCGUGGCACAGCCGAGUGACAGGCAGGAAAGCCCCGGACCGCGGCCCCCCCAGGGACGUGGAGACAGGCCAGAGGAAAGAAAUGGUUAA